GUACACGUCACCGAAAUGCCUGGCAGACGUGUGGAGGCGUGUGCCCUUGUCAAGCUACGUAGAGCUGGGAACCUCACUCCAGAAGAUACUAAAAUGUCCGAUGACGCUGGUGACCUGUCAGCCCAGGGAGACAGAACAGACAACAACAGAAUUGCCGAGAUGGCCAAGAGUGACUCUCCGGCUGAAGUUGCAGACGCGCAGUGUGACCCAGCCACAACUUCCAAUGAGCCUGCGCCAGCCGACUCCACGGGAUAUUUGCAUGAGGACCCAGGCGGUCCGUGUCCAGAGACGGUCGCUGCCGAGCCUCUGGAACAGCCCAAGGACGCUGCGGCCGUAGAGACCCCCCUCAACGGAGAAGUGACCGGGGACCCCCUGGCUGAGUGUGUUGAUUCCGUCAGCCUUGAGGGAGAGGCCGGAUCAGAAAUACCCCUGAAAGAGCGCAGUGACCCGGCCUUGGAUCCCCCACCGCAGGGAGGAGGCUGGGCAGGCUGGGGCUCCUGGGGCAAAUCUCUCCUGUCGUCGGCAUCGGCUACCGUGGGUCACGGAUUGACAGCUGUCAAGGAAAAAGCAGGAGCCACCCUGCGGAUUCACAGCGUCAGUCCUGGCUCUCCUGAAGGGGCCCAACCCAGUUCUGAAAAUGAAGACACUGAAAUAACAGAUGUGGCUACAGAUCAGGGCCCUGAAGGAGGGCCCCCCACCUCGCCUCCAUCAGGGUCGCGGGGCAUGCUGUCAACCCUCACCAAUGUGGUUCAGAACACAGGCAAAAGCGUCUUAAGCGGAGGUCUUGAUGCUUUAGAGUUCAUCGGCAAGAAAACCAUGAAUGUCCUUGCAGAAAGUGAUCCUGGAUUUAAGCGGACCAAGACCCUGAUGGAGAGAACAGUUUCCUUAUCCCAGAUGCUGAGGGAGGCCAAGGAGAAGGAGAAGCAGAGGCUGGCGCAGCAGCUGACCGUGGAGAGGACCGCGCACUACGGCUUGCUGUUUGAUGAAUAUCAAGGUUUGUCUCAUCUGGAAGCCCUGGAGAUCCUGUCCAAUGAGAGCGAAAGCAAGGUUCAGUCAUUUUUAGCAUCACUGGAUGGAGAGAAGCUAGAACUCUUAAAAAAUGACCUAAUUUCUAUCAAAGACAUCUUUGCAGCCAAAGAAUUAGAGAGCGCCGAGAGUAAAGCAGAGCAAGGCCUAGAAGAGAAGGGGGAAGAAUUUGCCCGCAUGCUCACUGAGCUUCUCUUUGAAUUACACGUGGCUGCCACGCCUGACAAGCUCAAUAAGGCCAUGAAGAAGGCUCAUGACUGGGUGGAAGAGGAUCAAGCUGUAGCAGCUGUAAAUGUGGCCCAAGAGUCAGAGGAGGAAGCAAAGAAGGAAGAAAAGAGAACCAAGACCGUGGAGGAGGUCUGUAUGCUGUCCAUUGAAAGUCUGGCUGAAGUAACUGCUCGUUGCAUCGAGCAGCUUCAUAAAGUCGCAGAAUUAAUUCUUCACGGACAAGAAGAAGAAAAAUCUGCUCAGGACCAAGCAAAAGUUCUGAUCAAAUUAACUACAGCAAUGUGCAAUGAAGUAGCCUGUUUAUCAAAGAAGUUUAUAAAUUCUUUAACCACUGUUGGGAGCAACAAGAAGGCUGAGGUCCUUAACCCCAUGAUCAAUAGUGUGUUUUUAGAGGGCUGCAAUAGCACGGCAUAUGUGCAGGACGCCUUCCAGCUGCUUCUCCCCGUGCUGCAGGUUUCACAUAUCCAGGCGAGUUGUUUGAAGACGCAGCCGUGACCUUGACAGGCUCCAUCCAGCUCAGUGACAGGCCACAUUGCUCCGUUAUACACCAAUGAGUGGCGCGUCUUCAAUGCACCUGGCCGCACACACCUAUUGGAGAUCACUACAAGCAGUUUUGCACAAUUUUGAACAUACAAAGAGAGUCAUCAUGUCUCAGUGUAUAUGGUUGGCUUUUUUUUUUUUUUUUACGAAUAAUUGUGUUUUCCUGAUGUUAAUUUAAACUUACACAGGUUAUCCUGAACAUCCCCUUUAAUUUGCAAGUCAUUCACAAAUAUUCUUGUCUGGUUUCCUAGCCAAGCAUGUUAUAUUUAGAUGUUUAUAGGGAGACCCUAGAUUUUUGUAUCCCUUUCAAAUUUCUACCUUUGAAUACCCCACUCUUCUUAUAAAAUAUUUGCUUUCAACAA